CGCAUUUGAGCUCAGCAGUUUUGCUGGGGCUGUUGUUCCAGUAAGAGUCGGGGUCUUAAAAGCGUCGUUUGAGGUGCUAAUUCAGCAUCAGCAUCGAGAUUUAGUUUCGGUUUCGGUUUCGGUUUCAGUUUGGGUUCUAUUUACUUUUCAGCUUGAGCAAUAUUCAGCGGACGUUAGUUCUCCGACAACCGUGAUCGCGAUAACAACACUUUCACUUGGAAAAGCGGAUCGCGAUGGCCAAACCGCAACACAUUCUGGAGUUGAGUGAGGAGCAGCGGCGCAGCUUCGUCGGCUCCUUCGACCGAGUCCUGAGUGACAUCGACGGAGUCCUGUGGACCUUGGAGUACACGGUUCCCCGGGCAGCCGAAGGAUACGCUGCCCUCGAGAAGAAUGGCAAGCAGCUGACCUUCGUGACCAACAACAGUGUGAGGACAUUGGAGCAAUGUGUCCGGAAGUUCGCGAAGAUCGGACUGCAGGUGCCACCGGAUCAGAUCUGGCAUCCUGCGCAGUCGAUCGUGAGCUAUCUGCGGAACAUCAGCUUCCAAGGACUCAUCUACAUCAUCGCCAGCCAGCCAUUCAAGGCGGUCCUGCGAGAGGCGGGAUUCCAGCUCAUCGAUGGGCCCAACGAGUUCAUCGAGGAGAGCUACGAGAGUCUGGCGCGGCACAUCUUCGACAGGCAGCAGGUGCGGGCGGUGGUCAUCGACGUGGACUUCAACCUGAGCUCCCCGAAGCUGCUGCGUGCCCACCUGUAUCUGCGCCACCCGGAGUGCCUGCUGAUCGAGGGAGCCACCGACCGGCUGCUUCCGGUGGCCAAGGGAGUCAACAUCAUUGGACCCGGGCCCUUUGCCUCCGUUUUGGAGGAGGCCAGUGGCAAGAAGCCCAUCACCUUGGGGAAGCCCGGCAAGGAGUUGGGUGAACUGAUCACCAAGCACUACAAAAUCGAGAAGCCGGAGCGAGUGCUCAUGGUGGGUGACAGUUUGGCCCAGGAUAUCGGAUUUGGGCGGCAGUGUGGAUUCCAAACGCUUCUCGUCCUGAGCGGCGGCUGCACCUACGAACAGCUCCUGGCGCAGAAGGAUCCCCGUCUCAUUCCGGAUUACUAUGCCGACAGCAUGGCGGAUGUGGCCCAAAUGCUGGGCCAAGUGCCCAAAUCGCACGUCUAGUUAAUAAAAUGUAUAUUAAAUACAUGAAUGUAUAUUAAUAUAUAAA